CAUUCCAAAGCUAUAUUUUCUCACAUCAGCCCCUAAAAAGUCCUGACUUGCAAGUUUCUUUCUUUCUGUCUCUCCGUCUCCUUUUGCCUUUCUUUUUUUUUUUUUCAGUUCUUCAGCUGAAAAUUAGCUAUGGCAAUUGGGCAAUACAAGGAUGUUGAACAAGGGGAAAUUAAUGUUCUUGAAGAUUUGAAAAGACCAUUAGUUCAGGAAGAAAAAAUUAUUUCUCAUAAAAUUAAAAAUAAUUAUCAGACUGAUAAUGAAGAGGAAACCACUGGAUCAAUUGGAAUGGUUCUGUUCAGCACAUUCGUUGCUGUUUGUGGUUCUUUUGAAUUUGGCUCUUGUGAACAGAUUACAAAAACACAAACAAGCACAAAUGUAAUAGGUUAGGUUUUUUUAGCUUAAGCUAUUGUUUUGGCAGGUGGGCUAUUCAGCACCCACUCAAUCUGCAAUCAUGGAAGAUCUUAAUCUCACUGCAUCUCAGUACUCCAUGUUUGGCUCCAUAUUAACAAUUGGUGCAAUGCUUGGUGCUAUUACAAGCGGCCGGAUUGCAGACUACAUUGGUAGAAAAGGGGCAAUGAGAAUGUCAGUUGGAUUCUGCAUUACAGGAUGGGUAGCUGUGUUUUUCUCUAAAGAGUAUUUUUCGCUUGACAUGGGAAGGUUUUUCACUGGUUAUGGCAUUGGAGUUUUCUCCUUUGUGAUUCCAAUAUAUAUAGCUGAAAUAUCCCCAAAGAAUCUUCGUGGAGGGCUUACCACAUUGAAUCAGCUCAUGAUUGUUACUGGGUCAUCCACUGCAUUCUUGUUAGGAAGUGUUAUAUCAUGGAAAGCAUUAGCUCUAACUGGUCUGGUUCCUUGCAUUUUCCUUCUUGUUGGCCUGUUCUUCAUUCCGGAGUCUCCUAGAUGGCUGGCGAAAGUUGGCCGAGAUAGGGAAUUCAAAGUUGCACUGCAGAAACUUCGAGGCAAAGAUGCUGAUAUUACACGCGAAGAAGAUGAAAUCCAAGAUUCUAUUGAAAUUCUUGAAGCCCUUCCUAAAGCUAGAUUUCUUGAUUUAUUCCAAAGGCAAUACAUCCGUGUUAUAUUUAUUGGAGUGGCAAUAAUGAUAUGCCAGCAAUUUGUAGGAAUUAAUGGAGUUGGAUUUUAUGUUAGUCAAAUUUUUGUGACUGCUGGACUUUCUUCUGGGACACUUGGAACCAUGAACCAUUGCUUAUGCUUGUAUUCAGGUUCCGAUAACAAUAGCGGGAGCAAUGUUAAUGGACAAGUCUGGAAGAAAACCACUAAUAAUGGUUUCUGCAGCUGGGAUAUGGUUGGAACUUCUUUCCUUCUCAAGUCACUCAGUUUGUUGCUUGGAUGGGUACCUAUUCUAGCUGCUGCAGGAGUACUGGUAUUCAUAUCAGCAUUCUCAAUUGGAAUGGGAGCAGUUCCAUGGUUGAUAAUGUCCGAGAUCUUCCCAAUAAAUAUAAAGGGAGUUGGAGGGAGCUUAGUGGUAUUGGUGAACUGGUUAGGUGCUUGGAUAGUUUCGUACACGUUUAACUUUCUCAUUAGCUGGAGUUCCUCAGGUACUUUCUUUUUGUACUCGGGAUUCUCAUUGAUGACUAUUCUUUUUGUGGCCAAGUUUGUGCCAGAAACCAAAGGAAAAACACUGGAAGAAAUUCAAGAAUGUAUCAAUUCAUAGAAAUGUAGAAAUAAUAUUCAAUGGAAAUUUUUUUGGAAGAUGAUAGAAAUUUUGAUGUGAUGGGUAAAGGUCCAGUAGAAGUUACAGUUGAAUAGUAUCUGCAAAUUGCAGCAAAUUCUCUGCGGCUGGAAGAAUCAAAAUUUUUGUUAUCGAUAGAUAGAAAGAAGAUAAAGGCUUAAAGCUAUAAGGAUUAGUGAGGAUCUUCACAUUCUAACAACUAGAAGUGCUUGUGCUUUUCAUUUAUGUAGAUUAUGAAAAUAGCUUGUCAUUCAAUUAACGAAGAAGAAGAGUUUUUAAGCUUCUGUUAGCAAGCUUAAUUUCAAUUUUUAUCUCCCUAAAUAUACCAUCUUAGAUCCCUUUUUUGACGCCAAAUGUUUUGUAUUGUGUAAUUCCGGAUGGGUCAAUAGCUCAUUGUUGAUAAAUUUCA